GUGGAACCCUAAUGGAAUGUGUGGGGGUGGGGGGCCAACAGCCCCGCAAAACAGUGACAAGAAGAGUUCCAACAACACCCAGGGACACAGAGAGCAAAGAGGGUGCCUCAGGCCUCUCCCAGCCAGCAGACCUUUUCCUGGUCCUUGUGGCGAGAAGCCUCCUGGAUAUUCCUGCCCGAAGAGGAGUUGUGGUUAUAACUCAGAAUUUGGAGACCUGUUCUGGACACAGCUGCAAUGGCAGAAGUAGAUGAAACAACCUGCUUGUUUUUAAUAGACUGAGUGGGUGAGUGGAAGAUGCAGACACAAUUAAGCAGAUAUUGCAAACAGGAGGAUAUGUUUCAUGGACACAAGCUGUCAGACUCUCGCAGUAACCAGUCCCAACCAAAAAUAUUUCCCUUUCGGAUUUUGUCAUUAUAUCCCAGAUCUGUUCUCACAGUGGAAAACUUGAAAAGGUUGGAAGAGGAAUAUGCAGCUUCUAAAAAAGCCUUCAAAAUGCAGAGAAUGCAAGAUUAUAUUGAGCAGGUUAAUCUUGCUCUCUUCAACAAAGAGACAACUAGGACAACCAGCAGAGAUUUUGUCUGUGAUGCAGAGCCCGAAGGAGCCUCAUCAUCUCUUCCUGCAAAACAAGCAAACAUUGUAAUUGAGUUUUCUCAAAGACCUCUGAAGAAAGAAGAGAGAUUGACAGGACGACAGAAGAACAUCAACCAGGUCAUGUCUAGCUUUGCAUCCACCGGAACAUCCAAGCUCUCUUCCACAUGGGCUGCUCUCAAUGAGUUCUUCCCCCUAUCUGUACUCAUUAUUUGGAUUGCCUCAACCCAGUUGGAUCACCUUGUACUUGAAUGUGAACUUCAGGAAGCUCUCAUGGGCCCACUUCUCAAGAUUGGGAUCUUCUGGAUGAUAUCCCACCCUUGAGUUGUGUCAGCUGCACUGCUCAGCUUCGUUUCCAUCUGCAAACCUGCUGAGACUGCGUUCCAUCUCACUGUAUCAUUGAUGAAUAUGGUAAAGAGCACCAGUCCCAAGACAGAGCCCUGAGGAACACCACUUGUCACCAGCCUCCAUCUGGACUCAGAGCCAUGUACAACUCUGCCUGCAUCCCCCAGUCAAUGCCUUAUCCACUGAAUAGUUUACCCUUCAAAUCCAUGUUUCUCCAAAUUGGAGAGAAGAAUGUUAUCUGUGUCAAAGGCCUCAGUCUCUCUCUCUCCUUGUUGAGUGCUGAAGUUGUUCCAUCAUAAGGUGAAAUAUGAGUGCCUGGACACCUAACCUGGUGAUGGGUUGUGAGGAACAAUACAUGCCUGCCUUUCCCUGCCUGAAAGUGGGGGCUGCAUUUGUGUGGACUGCUGGGCUGGUUUGUACCAUGUUUUGGGCAAAAAACACGGAGCUGUGAGAGCAUGGUAAGGCACACCAGCAUCCAGACCUUAAUCGUAGCCGAUAUCACAAAUGUGAAGUAUGAAUCUGUAAAGACAGGAAAACCAGAAUUCAACCAAGAAAUAAUUUAAACACAAAACCCACCCAUCCAUUUUAGGAGCAUCCCUUUUAAUUUUGUUUGGAUCAGAGCUGCUCUGUUGCAUGUAAAUGACAGCAAAUAGACAGUUAUCUCUCUUACAAGACUCUUCAAGCUCUGUUUACUUCAGAUAGAUAGAUAGAUAAAUAGAUAUACAGGUAGGUGGAUAUAGGUAGAUAUCCUGCUUUUAAUGACAUUUUACAGCUCAUUCAGUAAUCCAGCCAAGACAAGGUCACAGCUGUCCCCUGUGAGUGGGUGAGGAAGGGACAAGGGGCUCCAUCGAAAACCCCGGGAAGGGGACAACACAGCAGCCCUGGGGAACCACAGCUGAUUGCACAGAGAGAUGUCUGGCCUUUUGCAACACAGACUGGAUAACAAACUGGGGUCCAGGUGGGACAGCUUGGCCUUAGUCUGAGUCUAAACCAUGUUUUUGGAGGAAAAAUUGUACUUUUUCCAUUAAUUCUUCUUUGAACAUAGUAUGAGCAGGGAUCCCACCUGCUAUAGGAGAGCCCCUGGCACAGUUUGCUUUGGUACAGUCAGAAAUGCACAGCCAGCAUGAAAGAGUCAGGCUAUUCCUUGAAGUAAAGGGUUACCUAUUUCCUAAGGAAUUCAUACAUUGGUCCUCCUUGGGGGUUAUCAACAGAAGUGUUUUCUGCUCACUUCUGCAUUUUUCUCAAUUCAAAUUUUCCAGCUCCAGAGAAUGAGAAAUUUAAACUGUUCACACACGUAAGGUUAAUGUUUUAAAGAGCUUUCCACAUGGAAAUCAAGUAUUCUUAUCAGGGAUACAUGUGAGCUGCAUCCUUGAGGACAGAUCUAUCCUGUCAAGAGGCUGAGAGUCAGAAACUACCACAAAAGGCAGGAAGCAAAUGCAUGCAGAAACCUCUCUCAGUGCUAUCCUAGGCAGUCAUUUCUUGGAUUUGCACAUCACAAUUAAAAUUCAGAUGAUAUAUGAAGUUUGUUUCAGUAGAGAGUUAGUAUGUAGACACAGGAAGAUUUACCAAGGAAAAUCAAAUAUGGGAAUGCCUCAUUAGGGACCCAGUGUCAACAUUUAAUAUGUCUUCAAGAAUUUGUACACUACAGUGGUUCACAGGGCUUUUUUGGCUUCUUUUGAUCUCUUUUCAUUGUUUUUUGUCUUUCAUAAGAGUGGCUUAUGUAAUCUGAGCAGUAACCUGCAUUUUGAUGCUUUUUCUGGCUCCCCAUCACAGCUAUCUAUACCUCUCUUUUUUGCCACGUGUCUUACUCUUAUACAUUUUCUUUUCUACCGUCUCCUCUGCCCCCCUGCUGCCCUUGCCAAAUGCUUCUUUGUCCAUCCUCUUCCCUCUUCAUGUCCACAGGCGCUUCCCCUCUCUCCCAUCUCCUUCUGCAUAUGCCUGCCCUACAUCUCUUCCCUCCGUCCCCUCUGAUUUUUUUGGAAAUAAGACCACUUGCUAUGGAGACACUGAGGUAGGUUGCACGAGAGCUGUAUGACCUGACAGAGCAUGUGAGACAAGCCUUCAGCUGACCCAGAAGGUGUAACAGACCCCAGGUCUGCUGUGCUCAGAAUCAAGGCAAACCUGGAGGAGAAAGGUGCUGCUCUGGCAGCAAAUCCCUCAUGGUACCACACGUGGUUGUGCAACAUGUUUGGGCCAAAAUCACCCGUUUGGGUUCACUUUCCAUUCUGGCAGCAUUGUGACUUUCCCACAGAGGGGCACCCCCAGCCCCCUUCACCCCAUUGCCCCUGUGCAGCCACAGGGAAGGUAAAAUACCCGUGGGAAUGUGCCCUUCCAAAGAGUCUCUAAAAUAAGGAGAUCCAAGCUGUUUACAGAUGAAACCUGAACAGAAAGGCAAAGUAAAUUAGCCUGUUACUCUUGCUCCUUCCACUGCAAAACCUGCCCUCAGUCUCCAGCAACCUUUUUUACAGUUCAUUUUCAGGACCUUUUUCUUUGCUCUCCCUCAAUUUAUUAUACCAUUAAAACCGAUGGAGAAAAAUGUUCCUCGUUAAGGUGAGAGGGUUUUAUCUGAAAUACAAAAUAAUGA